AUGGCCAAGAUACGGACAAUAUUCAAGCAACAUCCUGCGAACCAGAAUACAGGCAAUGGGCCCACACCUGCAAAAUCCGACAAGGACGCCGUCUUGCCAGUGCUGAGCACGGCAGAUGCGAAGAAAUUUGGGCUGGAGAAUUUCGGGAAUACUUGCUACGCGAACUCUGUCAUACAGGCUUUGUAUUUCUGCGCACCAUUCCGGGACCUUACGAUACAUAGUGCCACAUCCUCCUCACCGACGCUAGGGACCCCCUCUACGUCUGGAACUACUUCCGUGCCCCCCAUCGAUUCGAUACCAUACUCACCGUCGAAACCGCCAAUAUCAACGACACCCAUACCCAUACCACCACAUCCCCCAACGCUGUUCUCGGCGCUACGUUCUUUAUAUGCUCACAUAUCCACAAACCCGGCCGAGCGAGGCACGGUAGCACCCCGCGCCUUCAUUGACAAGCUCAAAGAAGUGAACGAGAUAUUCCGAUCAACCACAAUGCAUCAGGACGCCCACGAGUUUCUCAACUUCCUGCUGAAUAAAAUAGUAGAGGAGAUCGAGGAGGACAAGCGGUCUGUCCAACAGGCUAAAGAGAAGGACUCAACUUCAGGCAUAUCUCCGCAUGAUGCCACACUAGUGCAUAAGUUAUUCGAAGGCGUGCUGACGAGCGAGACCAGGUGUCUAACGUGCGAGACUGUUUCUUCCCGUGACGAAUCCUUUCUCGAUCUCUCAAUUGACAUCGAGCAGAACUCGAGCGUAACCGCUUGUCUACGACAGUUUAGUGCUAGUGAGAUGCUUUGUCAGAAGAACAAAUUCUUCUGCGAUUCCUGUUGUGAUCUCCAGGAGGCUGAGAAACGGAUGAAGAUCAAGCGGCUUCCGAAUGUAUUGGCUUUACACUUGAAGCGGUUUAAGUACCAAGAAGACCUACAGAAAUAUGUCAAGCUUGCGUACCGCGUCGCGUUUCCAUUCGAACUACGGCUGUUCAACACAGUGGACGAUGCCGAAGAUGCCGACAGAUUGUAUGAAUUGUUUGGAAUUGUUGUGCACAUCGGAAACGGGCCUCAUCACGGGCACUACAUCUCGAUCAUCAAGACCCUAGGUUCAUGGCUAGUGUUCGACGAUGUCACCGUAUCACCAAUCGCGGAAGCAGACAUUCCUAAAUACUUCGGUGACCCUGCGGGGUCAAGCUCCCCAAAUUCAGGGUCGGCAUAUGUCCUUUACUAUCAGGCCAUAGACAUUGACUUGGUUGGGUUGGGGCUGAAGGAGCCGGAGCCGGAGCCAGCACCAGUGACUCGGGGUGUUGUUGUCGAGCAACCAGUCGGCUUGGGUGUGACCUUGGACGGUACAGUGAGUGGAGGGAGUGUCGAAGAAUCACCAGCUUUGCCUCCUGGGCUCUCCGUUGAAGUGUCUGCUGUCAGCACGCCAGAGGGGUCAACGUCAAUACCACUUCCCCCGCCUGCGUUGCAAUUGGAUACUACGGCUCUGGACAAGCCAGUACCAAACGGCGUUGCUUCAAGCAUGAGUCCGCCAAAGACCGGGAUGAGCAAUUUCAUGUCGAGCAUACGACGCUCCGGUAGUCAGAGUGGGUACGCCGAACCCGGUCGGAAUGGUAUCGACGGGCGUCAACAUGGCUUAGAUCUGAGCCCCCGACCUACGAACGGCGUUGCUGGUUCAGAUGAGGAGAUUGGGACAGUGCCUGAGGCAGAUGAAAGUGAUCAGAAGAGUGACCAGAAGGAGAAGAGGAAGGAACCAGAGAAGAAGGGGAAGUGGUUGUUCAACAGGAGGAGCAUUCGCUUGGGUGACAGGGAUAAGGAUAAAGACAAGGAAAAGAACGGGAGGCAUGGCCAUGGGGCAUCCGCCUCUGAGUACAAUGCACCUUCGGGCGUCCCAGACCCGUCUCCGUCGAGCGGGCAUUGGUUUAAGACGUCCGGCCAUUCCAAACCUCCUCGCAGACCAUCAGAACCUGUUAGCUUCUUCAACCCAUCGCACUUUGGCUCCGAUCCAAUGCAUAGCAACGGCCACAAUACCCUAAACCACACACAAAACGGGCUCACCCCAGAUUCUUCCUAUACAAAUGGCUCAGAACCUCAAGAUCCAUCGCCGAAGACAUCGAAGGCUAGACCAAAGACGAGCACCGGCGCUUCUCUGGCAAUGACAGAGAUAAACGGAGAUCUGACGAACGGGUACGACUCGGCUAAAUCUACAUCGUCGUCGCAUCUUUCUACUCCCCUAUCCUCCUCACCGCAACCAAUCACCGGGAGUCGCUCGAUGGACCCUCAGCUUGCUUCUUCCUCGUCGAGUCCCAACGGUAGGGAAAGUUGGCACCCACGCCCGCUACCUCCCGUCCCUCGAUCUCCAGACCACAAGAAAUCCCUCACGCAUCUUCCCAGCAUGACGAAAGACAUACUUCGUGGUUUGCCGUCUAUUCCCCGGCCAUCGACUGCUGGUGGCCGUCCAUCUUCUAAAUACUCAGCGGAGCCGCCCGUACCUUCUCCUGCUCUUCCAGCGGCUUAUGCAAAUCAUUCGCGGGCAAAGAGCAAUGGCUACAAUUCUGGAUCGCAGCACGAUCCGGAUGCUACCAUGAAGGGCAAAGACAGGGAUAAUAGCAACUACACCCCCGGGCUGAGGACAUCGGCGGCGCUAGAUGAUGUUGCAUCCCCCAAUUUCGUGAUGAGCUCUCCGGAAAACGCCCUCGCGUCGACUGCUACAGUUGGUAGUGGAAGUAGCAGUGCCAGCUCGAAUCUCAAGAAAGCGACUCGCAAGCUCAGUCUUGGCUUCGGGCGGCGGGACAGGGAAGAACGCCAUCGAGAGAAAGACAUCCGUGACAGAGAGAAACUCAAGGAGAAGACCAAGGAUCCGACUUUGUUCCCUGGACUAUCGCCUAGGUUCUGA